AUGUUGGUUUUAGCAGUGUGUCUGGGACUUUUUAGUACCUUCACUGUUUUGGUAGUCAGGUUUUUUUAUUUGAAAGUCCAGUGUUGGUUUUGUGGGCAUACUGCCUUCACAUCGUGGAGUAGAAAGACAUCGUUUGUUUGUCAACAAUGUGGUCAGUAUAAUGGAUUUAAAAGUGAUGGUGAUUACAACAAAGUUAUACCAUCUCAGUUCAUUGCCGAGUUAAAUCCAGUUAAUUUCAAUAAGGCUCACGGUACGUUUUCAUCACAUUCUGAUGUAUUGUGCCCGGACUGUACACGUAAUCAAAAUACUAUUGUCCAAAAGUUGUCGGAGUAUACCCCGAAAAACGACAAGUCGGAUGAGGAAAUAAAAGAAUACACUCGCCUGCUGGAGUUGGAAUAUGGUUUGUGUUCAAGUUGCUAUCGAAAAGUUAAUAAUAAACUUAGGCAGUUAGAUUGUAAAUUAUUACCAAGUUUCAUUGAAUGGUGGCAUAAUAAACAACGAACAAUUUCUCUGACUAAAAAUUCUAUUCAUUAA